GAGAUAAGAGCAAAUAAUAACAAUGAAUGAAGUAUUUUAAUUGGAAAUGAGUUGUUGCUGGUAAUCCCUCCCUUGUUCCACCUAGAAAUUGUCCACCUAGAAAUUGACGGAGAAGUUACAGAUCACUCGUUAUCCAUCCUCUAAACCAUGUUGCGACUAUCAAUCCGACGACGACGAGCGACAUCCUUCACUCCUCAAAUAUUUGCCCUAAACAUAUCUACUACCGCUACUGACCAGUCUUUGAGACAUAGCGAUCCUCCGAGAGUACCUAACCUAAUUGGAGGUAGUUUCGUAAACUCGCAAUCCUCAGAGUUUAUCGAUGUUAUAAACCCUGCAACACAACAAGUUGUUUCACAAAUACCCUUGACCAAAAAUGAGGAGUUUCAAGCUGCAGUAUCGGCAGCCAAACAGGCUUUUCCAUCAUGGCGGAAUACACCCAUCACCACCCGCCAACGCGUCAUGUUGAAGCUUCAACAACUUAUCAGAAGAGACAUGGACAAGCUUGCCAUGAACAUUACUACCGAGCAAGGAAAGACAUUGAAGGAUGCACAGGGCGAUGUGUUCCGUGGACUAGAGGUGGUGGAACAUGCCUGUGGAAUGGCCAGCUUACAAAUGGGCGAGUUUUUAUCAAAUGUAUCUCAUGGAGUUGAUACCUACAGCGUCAGAGAGCCGCUUGGUGUAUGUGCCGGUAUAUGCCCCUUCAAUUUCCCUGCAAUGAUUCCACUGUGGAUGUUUCCGGUUGCUGUUACCAGUGGUAAUACUUUUGUUCUAAAGCCCUCAGAGAAAGAUCCAGGGGCUUCUAUGAUACUUGCAGAACUGGCGAUGGAAGCCGGUUUACCCAGCGGUGUGUUGAAUGUUGUUCAUGGCACGAAUGACAUUGUGAAUGCCAUCUGUGAUGACGAAGACAUUAAAGCCAUAUCAUUUGUUGGUUCAAACACGGCGGGUAUGCAUAUAUAUGCAAGAGCAUCAGCAACUGGAAAACGUGUUCAGUCAAAUAUGGGAGCUAAAAAUCAUGGUAUUGUAAUGCCGGAUGCAAGCCAUGAUGCUACUUUAAAUGCUUUAGUUGCUGCUGGGUUUGGAGCUGCUGGGCAACGGUGCAUGGCUUUAAGCACGGUUGUUUUUGUUGGAGAUCCAAAAGAAUGGGAAAUUGAGUUGGUGAAGCGUGCCAAGUCAUUAAAAGUAAAUGCGGGCACAGAACCCGAUGCAGACCUAGGCCCGGUAAUUAGCAAACAGGCGAAAGAACGAGUGUGCAGAUUGAUUCAGAGUGGAGUUGAAAGCGGUGCUAGACUGCUGCUUGAUGGAAGAGAUAUUGUGGUUCCAGGAUAUGAACAAGGGAACUUCGUGGGGCCGACAAUUUUGUCUGGUGUUACUGAAGAUAUGGAAUGUUACAAGGAAGAGAUCUUUGGACCGGUUCUUCUUUGCAUGCAGGCUGACAGCUUGGAGGAGGCCAUAAAGAUUGUUAACAGAAACAAAUACGGAAAUGGAGCAGCUAUCUUUACAUCAUCUGGUGUGGCUGCUAGAAAAUUUCAAACAGACAUUGAAGCCGGGCAGGUUGGCAUAAAUGUUCCAAUUCCGGUUCCAUUGCCGUUUUUCUCGUUUACGGGGUCUAAGGCGUCUUUUGCUGGUGACCUCAACUUCUAUGGCAAGGCGGGGGUUAACUUCUAUACCCAGAUCAAGACGGUGACUCAACAAUGGAAGGAUUUACCCGGUGGCUCUGGAGUUUCCCUUGCAAUGCCAACUUCUCAGAAGUGAAAACUUUGAUUUAUAUCUCAACUCACAAUGUUUGUGUGCUGCUUUUAGCUACAAUCAAAUUCACUUGUCACUGUGGCUGGUUCUAAAUAUGACCAAACUUUAAAUUAUGCUUUAAAAGAAAUAUUAUUUAUAAGUAGAUCAAAUCCACAUUAAUUCUUUGAA